AUGAUGCCCUUGGGAUCUUUGCUCAAGGACACUGGGACCACAUCUCCGAUCUCUGUAGCAAGGAUGCUAGCUUUGUCAUGGGCGCACAGCUCCUCGCACGGUUCUGCGAUUUCUCGGUGCCCUCAAAGCGGGCAGCAACAUCAUCACUUGCAGCUUCAGGAGCCGUUGCAACCAGGUUGGGGGCGGUGGGGGCUGUCCAUCAUUGCUGCGGUCUCUUGGCCAGCACCGAAAAAGCGACGUCGGACUUACUUGGCGGUCUCCAAAAGGCGUGCAGAGCUGCUUGUGGAUGCAGAUUACGGUGGUAUAUAUCCGAUCAUGGAAGCCAUGGAGAAAUUGAGGAAGGAAGGCUUCCGUGUUUGUACGACUGUUUACGCUGAGCCAGGCAGAAGGAAUAACAAGAAAUGGCACCAGCUUUUCCAACAGAGUGGGGUUGCUUUCACCCCCAUUCCACGAAACAAAGAUGGAGAGGCGACCGACACAGCAAUUGAAGAACAGUUGGUGCAAUUGGCUCAGUCGAAAGACGACAUCUGCAUAGCUUUGUUGACGUGCGACACCGACUUUUUCGAUCAGGUUCAGCUGAUCGCGUCUUUGCGCAAGAAGGACAUGUGGGUUUUUGUCCCUACAGGUGGUCCAGCCUCCAUCAGCCCUGGUCUUCGAAGGUACAAAGAGACUGAAGCGCAUGUUGUGCCAUUGGCUACUUCUGCUAUACAGGCUGAACAACAUCGGCGUGGUCAGGGCACGAAGGUUAGAGCUACGUUAGAACCGGACGGACAUGGAAGUGUGAGCAUGGCGGAGCCUUGUCGUCCUUCUCAUCUUGACCAAGAAGAUUUAGAUCAACUUCGGGCUUUUCUGCACGAACUUGGCUACUGCGAUGAAGGAGAUGAGAGAACACAGCUGCUACAGUCUGUGGCAAAGUUUUGGUUUGUUAACCGGCUGGGUCCACUUACAGUUUUUCCGACGGAGUUGGCAUUUGGAGCUGCAUGUGAACUUCUCCAAGCUUCAAGACGCUCGACUUCAUGGGCUUGCUACCACAAUGACCAUGCUUUCUUCCUCCCCAUUAGAACCAGUGGAUCUAAUAAUGACAAAACGCUCAGAGAGUAUGGUGGCAAAAACGCAAGGAGAGUUUUCAGAGGUGGAGGGCCUUUCAUGCUCGAGGAUUCCGCGGGCAUGGUAGCGAAAGCUCUGCAAAGGUUGGGGUAUCUGGAUGAAGGCUUGAGCAAUGAUCUACCCGAGGCUCUGUUCCUGUUUGUGAACAGGCCAGAGCACAAGGCCACUCUCCGAAAAAGGCUUGAUGCACUGCCUGUCUCCAGCGACACCGCCGUCGACGUGGAGCACAAAAUAAAGAAUGCGUUUCUGUCAAAUCUAACCUCCGGCAAGUGGGUUGUUGCUCCAAGCGACAUCGAGGUACGGAAGACUCUGUGCAAGCAAGGCUUCUUGAAGACGACCAAAGCAUCACAGCCGCAAGUGCUAAAAGCGAUGCGGAGAUUUGGACGCGGUCUCGGUUUGCGAGAGAUGCGCAGCUACAAUGGGUAUGUUUACAUCAUCCAGCAGCACAUGUACAACAGAUGCCCUGUCAGAGUUGGGAACAUCGAGUUUAAGAUCUGA